AUGUCUUUGUUAUACAUUGGUCAACAAGUAACAAUUUUCGGUGGAUACUCGAUGAUGAUUGCUGGUGUCUUUGGUAAUAUUAUGAAUAUAAUCAUAUUCACAACUGUUCGAACAUAUCGAACAAAUCCAGGAACAUUUUAUUUUCUUUCUGCAUCGAUUAACAAUUUGAUUUAUAUAAUAGUGAAUUUGCCAUUUCGUAUUCUAAGUGUUGGAUAUAACAUUGAUUUUACCAUUCAUUCAGCAUUUUGGUGUAAAUUAAGAAAUUAUCAAUAUGUAAUGCUCGGUCCAAUAUCGUACACUUGUAUUUGUUUGGCAACAAUUGAUCAAUAUUUUGUUUCAUCAUCAAAUCCUCGUAUUCGACAUAUGAGUAAUAUCAAAUGGUCUCAUCGAAUAUUGAUUAUUAUUGUUAUUAUUUGGUGUCUUCAUGCCAUUCCGGUUUUUCUUUAUGUAUAUAAUGUUCCACCGAAUUCAACAUGUGUAAAUGCCAAUGCAAUUUAUCGUGUUUAUAUGACAAUUUUUGGUGUUGUAUUUCUUUGUGCAAUUCCUACAGGAAUUUCUCUUCUCUUCGGAUGGUUAACUUAUCGAAAUAUUCAACAAACAAAAACUCUUGUUGAACAACAUGCUGAUCGACAAAUUGUUCGAAUGACGUUUGUUCAAGUUCUACUAAUGAUCAUAGCUGAUGUUCCUUACGCAGUUUUCUCGACUUAUCUUUCAAUUACGAAUCAAAGAUUGAAAAGUUAUGAUCAGCAAGUCAAUGAAUAUGUUCUCAUGCAAUUUGCGAUGCUUAUUUCUUAUGUUUGUUUUGUUGGAAGUUUCUAUUUGUUUUGGAUUUCAUCAAGUCGAUUUCGUCAAACAGCAAAGAAAAAAUUGUUUUGUUGCAAGAAAGAGUUGAUUGUGUAUCCAUCACAUACAUAA